AUGAGGGGCUUGAUAUUAGCCCUGGUUUUAACCCUGGUGGGGAGCCAGCAUCUUAAUUACCAACCCGAUUUCAGUGAAAACAAGGUUUAUACAUUUGAUUAUGAAAGUACGCUUCUCAGUGGACUUCCAGAGAAAGGACUUGCAAGAGCUGGAAUAAGAAUAAAAAGUAAAGUGGAAAUUAGUGGUAUUGGGCCAAAACUUUGUCUUAUUAGGAUUCACUCCAUCGAAGCAGGAGAGUACAAUGGGGUCUGGCCCACGAGCUCAUUCUCUCGGUCACUCAAACUGACCCAGGUGCUGACUGGGCAGCUCAGUAACCCCGUCAAGUUUGAGUACAGCAGUGGCCACGUUGGGAAUGUCAUGGCUCCCGAUUCCAUCUCGGACGAUGGGCUGAACAUCUACAGAGGGGUUAUGAACGUGCUGGAGCUGAGCAUAAAGAAGAUGCAGCACUCCUACAGCUUACAGGAGGCUGGGAUUGGAGGUAUUUGCAACACAACGUAUGCAAUUCAGGAAAACAAGAGGGCAAGCCUACUCUAUGUGACCAAAUCCAAGGACCUGAACAGCUGUGAGGAGAAAGUUCAGAUUGUCACAGGUUCAGCAAACACUCAGCCAUGCCAGGCCUGCCAGAAGAGAAACAAGAAUUCCCGGGCGACCGCUACUUACAAUUACAAAAUUAAAUAUACACGCAGUGAAGCUGUAAUUACACAAGCUGAUGUCGAGGAAAUCCACCAGUUUGCACCCUUCAAUGAGAUAACAGGAGGAAAUGCUAUAGUACAAGCCAGGCAGAAACUUACUCUGACUGAUGUGCAGAAGCAGAGGACAGAGGUCCCACCAAAGGAAUAUCAGAAUCGUGGGUCACUUCGGUACGAGUUUGGCAGUGAAUUGCUUCAGCUUCCUGUCCACUUAUUCAAAAUAAAAGAUGUGGAAAGCCAGAUAGAGGAAAGCCUGCAGGACCUAGUAGAGGCCACCUCUGACCAGCUUCCCAGUGAUGCGCCAGCAAAAGCCCUCAAGCUCAUGCACCUCUUUCGUGCAGCAAACGAGGAGGAUUACGAGUCGGUGUGGAAGCAGUUCUCCGGCCGGCCAGCGUACAGGCGCUACGUUCUGGACAUAAUCCCCGCGGUGUCCAGUCACCGCGCGCUCCGGUUCCUGCGGCGCAGGAUGGAAAGGCAGGAGCUCUCCAGCUGGGAAGCGGCUCAGACGCUGCUGGUGGCUCUGCACUCCAGCACACCAACCCAGGACGUGAUGGAGGAAGCAACACUGAUUGUCAGAAAGCACUGCCCACGCUCCAGCACUGUGCUGGGGAAGGUUUGCCACCUCAGCUACGCGUCGCUGUGCCACAAACAGUGCUCUUCAGCAGACUCCUGCUCCGAGUGUCUCCAGCUUCUUCAUGGUUUUGCAGGAGAGGCAUUGAGCAAGUCUAGCACAGAAGAAAUUUCCCUGGCUCUGAAAGCCCUUGGGAAUGUAGGACACCCAGCCAGCAUCAAGCACAUCAAGAAGUUUUUGCCAGGAUAUGCAGCUGGUGCCUCAGAUUUGCCACUCAAGGUCCAUGCAACUGCUGUGAUGGCCCUGAAAAACAUAGGCCUGAAAGACCCAAAAAUGGUCCAGGCUAUUACCCUUGAGAUUUUCCUGAAUCACAGAAUUCACCCUCGGGUCCGAAUGCUGGCUGUGGUGGUUCUGCUUGAAACCAAGCCAGGUCUCCCAAUAGUGAUGACAUUAGCUGAUGCUGUGCUGAAGGAACCCAGCAUGCAAGUGGCAAGUUUCAUCUACUCACACUUGAGGGCCCUGGGCAGAAGCACAUCCCCAGAUCUCCAAGUGAUGGCUUCUGCCUGCAGAAUGGCCAUCAGAGCCUUAAGUCCCAAAUUCGACAGGUCUGGAUAUCAGUUCAGCAAGGUUUUCCGCUUCAGUGUCUUUAAAGAGUUCCUUAUGAGUGGGCUGGCAGCUAAAUAUUUGGUAUUGAAUAAUGCAGGCAGCUCAAUUCCAACGAUGGUAAUGUCCCAGCUGCAGACACAUUUCCUUGGAAGAGUGGCUGAUCCCUUGGAGGUGGGAAUAACAGUUGAAGGACUGCAGGAGAUGUUUGCUAAAGGUUACUCUCCUGACAGGGACUGGGAGAAUGACUAUGACUUCAAGAAAAUCCUGAAAACGCUCUCUGACUGGAAGGCAUUCUCCAGUGACAAACCUUUUGCAUCAGGCUACUUGAAGAUGUUUGGCCAGGAGUUGUUCUUUGGUGGACUUGAUAAAAACACCAUCCAAAAUGCACUGCAGGCAUGGUACGGAUCUGACGAAAAAACCCCUUCACUAAGGAGAAUAAUCAGUAGCCUUCAGAGUGGUGUAGGGAGGCAGUGGACCAAGGCUCUCCUGUCCUCUGAGAUCCGUCGCAUCGUGCCCACCUGCACGGGGUUCCCAACGGAGACCAGCUUCUAUUACUCUUCCAUCACAAAAGCGGCAGGAAAUGUUCAAGCGCAGAUUACACCUUCUCCAAAGUCUGAUUUCAGAUUGACUGAGUUGCUAAAUGCCAACAUCAGGCUGAGAUCCAAAAUGAGUCUAAGCAUGGCCAAGGAGAUGACCUUCGUGAUGGGAAUCAACACACGCACUAUCCAGGCAGGGCUGGAAGCACGUGCCAAAGUGGAUGCUCACGUACCUGUGAAUGUCGUUGCCACUGUCAAUAUGAAGGAAAAAAACAUCAGAAUCGAAAUUCCACCAUGUAAAGAUGAGACUGACAUAAUUAGCGUAAGGUCUAAGACAUUUGCUAUCACACGAAAUAUUGGGGAUUUGGCUGCUAGUAAGAUGACUCCAGUUCUUCUACCUGAAGCAGUGCCUGACAUAAUGAAGAUGUCCUUCGAUUCAGACUCUGCGUCAGGCGAGACCGAUAACAUCAGGGAGAGACAGUCUGCAGAGGAUGUUUCAUCAGGAAAUCCCUUCUCUUUCGGACGCUCUUCUUCCCGAAAAGAUCCGUUUGUUCAGUCCAUGUGUUCCAAUGCAAGUACAUUUGGGGUUCAAGUGUGCCUUGAGAGGAAAAGUGUGCAUGCAGCAUUUAUCAAAAACGUGCCUCUUUAUUACCUCGUUGGAGAGCACGCCCUGAGCAUGAGCCUCAAGCCAGUUUACACAGAGGCACCUAUUGAAAAAAUACAAGUCACAAUUCAAGCAGGAGACCAAGCUCCUACAAAAAUGGUACGUCUGGUAAAAUUUGAAGAUCCAGAGGCACAAGCAUCUUCCAGAAAAGAAGCAAUUAAAAAAUUGAAAAAAAUCCUUGGUGACACUGAUGACCAGGGGACAAGAAAAGACAGAAGCUCAUCGUCCAGUGCCAGCAGCACCAGCGGGAGCGCCGAGAGCACAACGAGCAGCCCCUCCAGCAGUGACUCUGACGGGAGAGCACCACAGGGAGGCACUCAGAUGAAUCUGAAAACAAGACAGUCCAAAGCCAAAGAAAAGAAAUUCUACCCAUUUGGGGACAGCAGCAGUAGCAGCAGCAGUGGUGGUAGCAGUAGCAGCAGCAGUAGUAGCAGCAGCAGUGGCAGUAGUAGUGAUAGCAGUAGUAGCAGCAGCAGUGGCAGUAGUAGUGAUAGUAGUAGCAGCAAAAGCAGUAGUAGCAGCAGUAAAAGCAGCAGUAGUAGUAGCAAAAGCAGCAGUAGUAGUAGCAAAAACAGUAGUAGUAGCAAGAGCAGUAGUAGUAGCAGUAGCAAAAAUAGCAGCACAGGUAGCAGCAGCAGCAGUAGCAAAGCAUCUGGUAUAAAGCAUAAGGCUAAGAAGCAGUCCAAGAGCACACCAUUUGCACGUGCCAGCGCUGCUGAAGGAGAGGGAAGUGUCCGUGAGCAGAAGCCCAAACCAGGGAGUAGCAGCAGUAGCAGCAGUAGCACCAGCAGUGGCAUCGGCAGCAGCAGCAGCAGCGAAAGCUCCGGUGCUUCCCGUGGUCACGGCACAUCUGACAAACGAGCUGAGAGGGAACGUGUCCAGUCCCAAAUUAACAGUCUCAGCAGUUAUGACAUGUCUACAGAACGGGAAUUGCACCUUCCAAAAGUAUACCGUCUCCGCUUCAGGUCUGCUCACAUCCAUUGGCAUCCAGACCAUAAGGGAUCAAGCAGCUCAUCAUCAUCUUCCUCUGAGUCGGGAAGCACCCACAGAAACAGAAGCAGCAGGAGCAGCAGCAGCAGGAGCAGUCAUCUGAGCAGCAGCAGCAGCCACCACCAUGGAGAAAAUUCUGCCCACAGCUCAAGGAGGAGCAGAAGAGUCAGCAGCCACCAGCACAGCCACAGCUCCAGCCUGGGGCGGGAGCGCAACUUCCUGGGAGACGUGAUUCCACCUGGCAUUACGAUUGUGGCACAGGCAGUAAGGAGUGACAACAGAAAUCAAGGUUAUCAAGCUACAGCAUAUGUUCGUUCUGAUGCUGCCAAAGUUGAUGUGCAACUAGUUGUGGUUCAGCUGGCUGAAACCAAUUGGAAAGCAUGUGCUGAUGCUGUGAUACUGCCUCUGAAAGCCCAGGCCAGACUGAGAUGGGGUACGGAGUGCCAGGACUAUAGGAUAGCAGCCGUGGCAACCACAGGGCGGCUGGCAAGGAAACCAGCAGCACAGCUGAAGGUGCAAUGGGGAAAGCUUCCAUCCUGGAUAAAAAAGACAACCAUGGCAUUCAUGCGAUACGUUCCUGGUGCAGCACUUAUGUUGGGCUUCUCAGAAGCACAUCAGAGAAAUCCAUCUCAUGAAUUCAUAGUAAGGGCAGCUGCAACCUCUCCACGAACAAUUGAUACAGUAAUUAAAGUUCCUGAGGUAACACUUUACUGCCAGGCACUCCGACUGCCAUUCACUCUGCCCUUAGGCCCGUCUCCAGCUUACGAGGCUCGAGAUAUCACUGCCUGGAACUUAUUGCCUGAAAUAGCUUCACAAAUAGCACAAGAAGAUCAAUCCACGUGUGAAGUCAGGGAGCGAGAUUUCAAAACAUUUGAUGGCAUGAGCCAUUCGUACUCUUUCAAUAAAAGCUGCAACCUGGUGGUGGCUCAGGACUGUACUGAACACCCGAAAUUCAUCAUUACCACCAGAAAGGUUGAUCCUCAGUCUUUCUCCAGAGAGGUUCACAUAAACACAACACUGGCGAACAUCACAAUCUGUCCUGCCGCAAAUUCAUCUCUCCUCGUGGCAUGCAAUGAAGAACGAGUUCUAUCACACAGUGGAGUUUCUGAGUAUGAAAAAGGUGAUGUUAAAAUUUACAAAAGCGGGACAACAGUUAUCGUGGAAGUUCCAACACUUGGACUGACGAGGGUGACUUUUGACGGUGGGAAUCUUAAGGUUACCGUUGCUUCGUGGAUGAGAGGAAGGACCUGUGGAGUUUGCAGUAAUAAUGACAGAGAAAAGCACAACGAACUCCUCAUGCCAAACCAUAGGCUGGCACACAGCUGCUCUGCAUUUGUUCACUCAUGGGUAUUGCUAGAAGAAACCUGCUCGGGGGGGUGCAAGCUGCAGCGCAGUUACGUGAAGCUGAAUCGAAAUCCUACUAUUGAUGGCGAGGAAUCUACGUGCUACUCUGUCGACCCAGUACUGAAAUGUAUGAAAGACUGUACUCCAAUCGAAAAAACUUCAGUAAAGGUUGGCUUCCACUGCUUCCCAAAAGAAACUGCUGUAAGCCUGCUGGAAUGGCAGAGGAGCAGCGAUAAGAAAUCUGCAUCUGAGGAUGUUGUGGAGUCUGUGGAUGCUGACAUCGACUGUACCUGCACUGGCGACUGUAGUUAAGCUAAACACUGUAACGUUGUGCUAUAGACAUACCACACAAAUAAUUGAAUAGCUGCACAGAUAAGAAGGGAACAUAAUAGCUGUAGUAAAAUAUUAAGAAAGGUGCUUGAAGGAAAUAACCCUACUGCAAAGUCAAAUGCACUAGGUACAGUCUG